GAAAGGCACCCUUCAACCAAGUUUCAAAGGAGAGUAGCGCACAUAUGAAUCAAACAAGAAAAAAGCCUGAUACGCACCUCUUACCCUACCAGCUACACAAGAGAGAGAGAGCAGGUCAUCCGCUAGCACAAGGCCUUCAUUAAUAGGCAGUUGAUCAUAAAUUCGAACUCCAGUACUGCCUCUUCCAUGGCUAAGGCUCACCAUGCAUGCUCAAGUGAAGGCUUCAAGGUACUAAUAGGCAGUUAGUUGAUCAUAAGUUCGAGCUCAAGUGAAGGUUUAAAGGUUCAAACAGCUCUAAUAUUCUAGAGAAAAAGCUUCCCUGGAAUGUUACAGAAAAGGAGGUGUUUGAUCUGAAAUCAGAGUUUGGACCUCUUUUCGUAUCAGUUGGCGCUAGGAGACUGUCGUGACUUGGAAACAAUACUUGAGACUUGCCCAAUUUUCUCCGUGGAAACGAAUUCCGAAUCUUCUGGUCUCUCUCUGUGGACAACGCGGCAGAGCCGCUAAAGCGACGUGGAGACGGCGCCUAAGAAGUAGAAGGACAUGUUGAGGUACGCCGUUUCCCGGUGGCCGUUGUCUUCCUCCUCCUCUUCCAUCAUCCUCAUCCCAGGAAUGAGGAAGAAGACGACGUCUGCUCAGUCGGUGGAGUCGCGCCACAGGGACCCCACCUUCGAGAAGCUCAUGCGCCACCAGAGGCACGUCACCAAGAUCGCUACCAUACAGUCCCUGGUUUACGCCAACCCCGACCUCUCGUUACCCCUCUCUUUUCUCUCCAGGCUGAGUCAGCGCCUCCACCUCUCCAGGGGCGCUCCUUCCUUCCUCCGCAAGUUCCCCCACGUCUUCUCAAUCUCCUCCGCGAAGCCGCUCGCCGUCCGGUUCACCGACGCCGCGGACGAGGUCUUCCGCCAGGAGGCCGACACCCUCGACCGGUCGAAGCCCGAGGCCAUCGACCGCCUUAGGCGCUUGCUUUCGAUGUCUGCCUCCCGUACCCUCCCUCUCCGAGCGAUCUUCAAGGUAUGGAGAGAACUGGGUCUCCCGGACGACUUCGAGGAUUCUGUCAUCGCCGAGAACCCCGGUAUCUUCGCCCUCGUCGAUAACCCUAACGAACCCAGCACCCACUUGCUGAGACUCGUGGAAACAAUGGCCUUGCCGCCGGUUCCAGCAGUUGAGAGAUGGAGGGAUGAGGAGUACCGGCAGAACCGAAAGGACCUGGAGGAAAUAAGGUUCGGAUUCUGUCAUGGCUUCCCUCCUGGUAUGCGAUUGAGCAAGGAAUUCAGGGCCAAGACUAAGGAAUGGCAGAGUUUGCCCUAUUGGGGUCCUUAUGAAGAUGUUGGGCGCGUCGAUUUCAGUAAGAGCAGGAGCCGGUCGAGGACUGGGAUCAAGAAGAUGGAGAAACGGGCAGUGGGGAUCGUUCACGAGUUCUUGAGCUUGACAGUGGAGAAGAUGGUGGAGGUGGAGAAAAUCAGCCAAUUCAGGAAGUGGUUCAGGAUCGAUCUCAACAUGAGGGAUUUGUUCCUGGACCAUUCGGGGAUGUUCUACCUAUCGACCAAGGGGAAAACCCAUACCGUGUUCCUGAGAGAGGCUUACGAUCGUGGCCGCCUGAUCGAUCCGAAUCCAGUCUAUCUCGCAAGGAGGAAGAUGCUUGAUCUUGUUAUGAUGGGCCGACGGAGCAGUGGCUGUGGUGAAUAUGACGGGAAGCUCGAAAGUGGCGACGAGAGCUCUGAAUCCGAAUGCGAAGAAGAAAGCGCUUGGGUGAAUUGACCUGGCUAUACUGUUUCCUUGACUCAUGAAGCUGAGAUGUAGUGAUGGCUCCAAGUGAAGGUGCUUGAAUAAUCAUGUUCAUUGAGAAUUCACAUAGAAGUUGAAUAUGGGGCAUGAUCAUUUUGAAGCAUUGAAGGGGUGGCAGAAUUUUCUGGCAAAUUGACUCUCAGGAAGCACUGAUUGGCAAUAAACGAUGGUGCUGAUAUCAUGUUGCAAGAUGAAAGAGUUGCUGAAAUUGUGGAGGCAAACAGUUCCAUGGAAAUUUGGCUGCUUCAUUCUUCAGUUCCCGCAUACCUUUUGACAUUUUAUAGGAUGGUGUACGGGAGGAGGAGAGUUUGGGGAGUGAGUCGGUGAACGGGUGCAGGGCAACUAGAAGCAUGAUUAGUUUGUAAUCUCUAUUAACUUAUGCAAAUUGAUUACAGUCACUAGAACCACAAAUCCUGAGUUUAAACUGAGGUUUCUACCGAAGAAAUCUAAUAGCUUCAACUUGAAAUAAAAAGAGUUGCACGAUGGCGAUCCGCACAC